AUGAAGGUAUUUGCUCUUUAUGCUUGUGUGAGUCUGUUUGCUUUGCUGUGUGUUACUAGCAAAGCGAACCAGCAGGCAGAAAGGCUUCAAGAAUUGAUUGUAUCAAAGAGAUCGUCAAAGAAUAAUGAAGUCGAUCAUCUGAUAAAUUCUUGGUGGGACGAGGAAGAUUUGUCCAAACAAAAGUACUGUGUUUCAGAACAAGAGGGAUUAAGGAAGGCUGAUAAGAUUAGGUCAUUACCUGGACAGCCUAAGAGGGUCAAUUUUGAUCAAUACUCAGGUUAUGUCACUGUUAAUCCAAAAGCUGGAAGAGCUCUUUUCUAUUAUUUUGUGGAAUCUCCAUAUAACCCUUCCGCUAAACCACUUGUCUUGUGGCUCAAUGGAGGACCAGGUUGUUCGUCAUUGGGUUAUGGGGCCAUGCAAGAAUUGGGACCCUUUCGAGUCAACUCUAAUGGAAAAACACUAUUCCUCAAUGAAUAUUCUUGGAACAAUGUGGCAAACAUGCUAUUUUUGGAAUCACCUGCUGGAGUAGGAUUUUCCUAUUCAAACACAUCAUCCAAUUAUGAUGAAGCAGGCGACAAGUUUACAGCAAAAGAUGCUUACGUGUUCCUCAUCAAUUGGCUUGAGAGGUUUCCACAGUACAAAUCCAGAGAUUUCUUCAUCACAGGAGAGAGCUAUGCUGGUCACUACGUGCCUCAGCUUGCUUACACCAUUUUAGUUCACAAUAAGCACAAACCCAAAACCAUUAUUAACCUCAAAGGCAUUGCUAUAGGGAAUCCUUGGAGUUGGGUUGAUGAUGAUACAAGCUUAAAGGGAGUGUAUGAUUACUUUUGGACACAUGCCUUGAACUCAGAUGAAACCCAUGAAGCUAUUGAUAAGCACUGUGACUUUGGUUCCCAUAUUUCAGAAGAAUGUGUCAACUCCAUAAAUAAAGCAUACCAGGAGAUAGGCAACAUAGAUCAGUAUAAUAUUUAUGCUCCUAUCUGUCACAACACUUCACUCAGAAAUGGCCAACCCGGUUCUGUAAAUAAUUUCGAUCCCUGCUCUGAGAACUACGUGAAAGCCUAUCUGAAUAACCUAAAGGUACAACAAGCUCUCCAUGCAGUUCCCACAAAUUGGACUCAUUGCAGAAAGUACAAGUGGACAGACAGACCAAGUGGCAUCCUACCCACCACCAAGCAUCUAAUUGCAAGUCAUAUCAGAUUCUGGAUUUACAGUGGAGACACAGAUGGAAUUGUGCCAACCAUAUCGACUAGGUACUCUAUCAAGCGCCUCAACCUUCCUGUCCAGGUUUCUUGGCGUCCAUGGUACUCUGGAAAUGAGGUAGGAGGAUACGUGGAGCAAUACGAGGGACUAAGCUUUGUGACAGUGAGAGGAGCUGGGCAUGAAGUUCCUAGUUGGAAACCUGCAAGGGCUCUUACUCUUUUCACUUCUUUCCUCAACCACACUCUCCCUCCUCAUUCUCCAUCUUCAUAGUUCUGACUUUUUAGUCCCUUCUG